AUGAAAUCCGGCUUUCCCGUGCUUUUGAGCUCGAUCCUGCUGCUGUUCAUCAGUAGCCCAAUUGGUAGCGCUGGCGCACAUCCAUUACCCUACGAUCCCGAAAAUUCAAAUGUACGGAGCGGUGUCACAUCAACCGGAAGCAACCACGCCAAAAGAUCAGACGGCUGGCCUGUUGGCCCCGUCCCAAACAACCAUUUCUGGAACAUGUACAAAUUUUAUGAAUGUCCAACAGCAGUUGACGAUCUGAUUUGCAGUGGUCCAAAGGGUCUGGGCUGGCGCGGAAAUAUAAGUAACAGGACCGGAUGGCCCCACCAGCUUUUUACGUGUGAAACAACCGAGAAGGCGUAUUGCCAUAAGAAUGUGCCCAAUCAGAAAUUUGAUUUGUUAAAGGACUCUUAUGAGGCGCAUCCAGUUAACAAAAGUUCAAUCAGGUUCAACCCAUAA